AUGGUAGCAUAUGAAAUCUUAACAGGUUUUAAACCAUUUUAUGAAGAUUAUAAAAAUAUUUCUGAUUAUGAACUUAAAAUAAAAAUUAUGCGUGGUUUUCAUCCAAAAAUUCCAUCUUAUUUACCAAAUUUACUUAUUAAAUUAAUUGAGAAAUGUUGGAAUAAACAAGUAAAUCUAAAACCUACUUCUAAAGAAUUAUAUCAGAUUUUAAAAGGAUGGUAUAAUGAAAUGUUAUGUAACAAAAAUACUGAAUUUAUGAAACAAAUUAAGAAUGCUGAAAAAGAAAUAUAUAUAGAUCCUUUACCAAAGAAUUGGCAUCCAAAAACUUAUACUAGUAAUUUACUUGACAUUUCUGAUAAUAAUCUGGAUUGUGAAUCUAUUUCAG